UCUUUUAUUAAUUGACUUUAAUUAUAUUGCUUCUCUUGUGAAUUUCAGGAGCAGGUUGUCAUACAAACUUUUCAACGUUAAAAAUGAGAGAACCGAAUGGAAUUGAGUAAGCAAAAUGAAUGUUAUGUAAUUGAAAACUUACUAUCAAUAUGAUUUUUGUUUUCUAGAGAAAUUAAUGAGGCGAUUAAGAAACUGCAGCCGCGUCAUCAAACGCAUAUCAAAUGUUAUGAUGCAAAAGGUGGCGUGGAUAAUCUCCGACGAUUGACAGGUCGUCAUGAAACGGCGAGUAUUCAUGAUUUCAGUGCUGGUAUUGCUAAUCGUGGUUCAUCAAUUCGAAUCCCAAGACAAGUGGGUGAAGACGGUUGUGGUUAUUUUGAAGAUAGACGACCAGCAUCAAAUUGUGAUCCGUAUGCUGUCACCGAUAUUAUUGUGCGAACAAUUUGUUUGAAUGAACUUGAUGAGACUACGGCAUGA